GAUCCGUAAUUUCGCUUAGUUAGGUUGUCAAUGGCUCAGAAUGAAGGUGGAUACUGUUGCAGCUGUGAUGAUGGGUUACCACUGCAGGUGAAAAUGAAAACAUCGUUACUCGGCGACGCGAGAGGACAGUUUGCGCAUCGUUGUCUUGGACAUAUCUCCUCUCAGCCCGGAUAUGCACCACCUCGGCAUCUUUUGACUUCAUGAAGAUUCCUGACAUCGGUAAUGUGAUGAAUAAAUUUGAGGUCCUUGGGAUUGUAGGAGAGGGAGCUUAUGGGGUGGUCCUGAAAUGCAGACACAAGGAGACAAAAGAGCUUGUGGCCAUUAAGAAGUUCAAGGACAGCGAAGAGAAUGAGGAAGUUAAAGAGACAACAUUACGAGAGCUCAAGAUGCUCCGUACCCUGAAGCAAGACAACAUCGUAGAACUGAAGGAGGCUUUCCGUCGACGGGGAAAACUCUAUCUAGUGUUUGAAUAUGUGGAGAAGAAUAUGCUUGAGUUGUUGGAGGAGUUGCCUAAUGGUGCGCCACCUGAUAAAGUACGAAGCUACAUCUUUCAGCUGAUCAAAGCUAUUCACUGGUGCCACAAAAAUGAGAUCGUUCACAGGGAUAUCAAGCCUGAAAAUCUUCUCAUCAGCUCCAAUGAUAUCCUGAAGCUGUGUGAUUUUGGCUUUGCCCGCAAUCUCUCUGAAGGCAGCGAUGCUAACUACACGGAGUAUGUGGCGACCAGGUGGUACCGCUCACCUGAACUGCUCUUGGGAGCUCCAUAUGGGAAGGCGGUGGACAUGUGGUCGGUGGGGUGUAUUUUGGGAGAACUGAGUGAUGGGCAGCCCCUGUUUCCGGGAGAGAGUGAAAUCGACCAGCUCUUCACCAUUCAGAAGGUGUUGGGCCCCUUACCACCAGAGCAGAUGAAGCUGUUCUACAACAACCCUCGUUUCGCCGGACUAAGAUUUCCUUCUGUAAGUCAUCCUCAGACUCUUGAUCGAAGGUACCUGGGCAUCAUCAAUGGACUCAUGUUGGAUUUAGUGAAGAACCUGCUGUGCCUGAACCCCACCGAACGCUUUCUGACAGAACAGUGUCUGAACCACCCAGUGUUUCAGGGCCUUAGAGGGCCAGAGCGGCCAGCUGCCCCGUCACCCACCCCACCUCGCUCCUCGAAGAGAAAACCAUACCACGGAGACAACACCAUACCCAGCCGGAGCCACGGAAGUAAGAGUUCAGGUCACCGGCACGCUAACAGCAAGGACUGCUCGUCUCUACCGCGCCAUGAGGACCUCCACCGGGGCACCGACAGCUUCCUGAACGGCAGCAACAUGCUGACCUCAUCCACCCUGAGUCCCACACUACACCCCAAGAGUUACCAGGCCCAGACCCUGAGCCGCUCGGCCUCUUGCAGCAAAGACCUGGCCAACAACAACCUUCCCCACCUACUCAGCCCCAAAGAUGCAAAAGGAAAGACCGAAUUUGAUUUCAACCUGGGGCCUAAAGCUGGAGGUGCCACUGUGGGAGGGGACACCUCUACCGGCAAGUACCUCAAGUCAUCCAAACAAGGCCGCCACUCGUCCUUCCUGGAAGGGAAGACCAGCACGCUGCAGUCUGGGGACAAGCAAAGUCGCCAUAACUACAUGGAAUCUUCUCACGGAUCCAUGCCUUCCACAUCCUCCUCCAAAAGCUCCUCAUCCUUCCUCAGUCUGUCCAAGAGCCACGGAGCGCUGAACGACACCAAGUCUGUAAGCAAUCUGGCCGAGACACGACUCCACCUGGACGAUCCCAUGGUGGGAUCGGGCUCAGGUUCCCGCUACUUCCCGUCCAGCUGUCUGGAUCUAAACGCAGCUCCCGGAAGCCCGAGAGGUGAACGGCACGCUGGGGCAGAGCGGCAGGGACACAGUCCCAGCAGCCGGGGGAACACGCGCCUGGAAGGGGGCACCCUGGACUCACGACGUUCUUCUGGUCGGAAAAAGACGCCGGAUGAACCGAAGGCUUCGGACACACUGGACCCAAGCAGGGCCGCGGGAGCAGGGGGCGGCCAUGCUCACAAUCUGCCCUCCCCACACGAAUCCUAUCCUUAUGGUCUCGGCUACACCAGCCCGUUUUCCUCGCAGCAGCGACCUCAUCGCCACUCCAUGUACGUGCGGAGAGAGCGACACCGGCCACACGGCCAGGAGGCGAAUUUGGUAGUCGGGCAGGGAGUGCCAACACGUGCUAGCAGCCUACAACUCCUCUCGCCGCAGCUCCAGCAUCGCACACUCCCACGCCACAACACCAGUUCCUCCCGAGAAGAACUCGCUCAAGAUCUGAGCAGGAAUGACCAGUCUCCCAAAGAGAAGCCUCAUUCUCGCCCCCCGAUUAAAGAUUCCACGAGGGACAACACAGCUUCCUUCCACUCACAACGCCCAAAAAACGAGGCUGGGAUGUACCAUGACACUCAUAUGGAGGAUGGAACCUCAUCCAAGGAGAACAGAAUCAUCUACAGUGACUCGAUGCCUCGCAGAGUAGGAAGCUUUUACAGAGUCCCUUCCCCUCGACCUGACAACUCGUUCCAUGAGAGUGCUGGACAGAGCAGAGUGCCAGUGGUGGCGGCAGAAAGCGCAGCCAUGACAAACCACCCCAAACGUCAGACCAAUUUCGACCCCUGGAAUAAUUCAGAGGCCAUGGUCAUGAACCCUCCAGAGGUCCCUAAACAAAAAGAAAAACAAGGUUUCUUUAGAGCCAUAAAGAAGAAAAAGAAGAAGUCACAACCGACGGACGACAACGCAGGAAGGAACCCGAGCAUCAAGAAAAGCCUUUUCCCCCUCUUUAACUCAAAGAAUAGCUUAAAGCAUAACUCUUCUGUCAAAGUGCUUCCUGUUGUCCCGCAGCCCAUGGUUCCUAGUGAGGCUCAGCAAGACCAGCUAGUGAUACAAAGACCAGUCAAAUCAUCGUCUCAUCACAGCAGUCGACACCGCAACCGAGAUCGAGACCGGGAACGUGAUCUGGAAAGGGACAGGGAGCGUGACCGGGAUCGAAACCGUGAGAGGGAUCGUGACAGGGACAACACUUGGCCACCUGAAAAGCAGGCAGAUGUGCAGCCUCAGAACCAGCCUCUGAAGUCCCUGCGGAAGCUCCUACACCUUUCGUCUCCUGCUACGUCCAAUCAGCCCCCACCUCCCGAUCGCUCGGCAGAACUGCGCUUCCAGCCCCUCCCCAACCCCCCUUCCAAAGGGAACCUGAACGAGGCCAGAGGGCUCCCACCCGGCAGCGUCACCCCCAAUACCAAGAGCCGCAAACCCCACAACUACCCUCUGCCAGGGCAGAUCGAGUCCAGCUGGCACGUCUCCGCGCUGAAUAGAGCCGAGGGUGCACCAUACCCAGACCAAAUGGCAAACAAAGGUGGGCAGAAUGGUAUCGGCUUUACCAGAGCCGCUCGCGCGAGAAUGCCAAACCUCAACGAUCUGAAAGAAACGGCUCUUUAGAGGAGGAGGGCCCCCUAGUGGUCACUACUGUACUUGGUUUCUCCUUUUCCUUCCUGGCUACCUAUGGAAUGCUGUUGUUCAUACAGUGGUACACAAUGCCACUUCUGGCCAGAAGGUGGCAAUAGUUAUGUCUCAGAUUUGUUUUUUUUUAAAGCAUCUACAUUUGAUAGAAUUUGUAUUCUUGUUCAUUACAUCUGGGUUCAGUUUUCUGUUGAAAAUUGCUUAUUGAUGAUAAUAUGAAUCUAUGUAUUUGUAUAUGAAAACUGGGGGAUGGGGGACAAAAAGAAUCUGUGGAAUUGUAAGAGCUUUAGUUUAUACACAAGAGAAUGUAUAAAUAUUUAAUGUGUAAUAAUUCUAUAUUUCAUGGAGAUUAUUUAAUGAAUUAUUGGUGUGUUAAUAGUUACAAUGUACAGAGUGCAUUUUAUGGUUGUAACAAAAGUACUUAUUGUUUCUGAAUUAUUUUCCUCUCUUUAUCGAACGUUGUUUUCUGAUGAAUGAAUUCUCAGUGCAGACUAGGUCUAUAUUACACACUGUCUCAUACUGCAGGUUAUUGAAUCAUCCCUAUUUAAAACAUGCAACAGCAUAUCAGCAACUACUGAUGCAUCCUAACCAGGUUCUGUGUUACUUUUCAUGCGAGACCAUUAAAUUGACGUCCCAUGAUGGCUAUUUGUCUCACUUUACCCAUAGCCGGUGUCUUACAAUGUUUUUUCUACGUCCCAUGAGCUUGGCAUUCAAAACCUAACACAUUGGGAUCAGAUAGUGCUUGUUUUUAGCAUGAGUUCAUUAGAGUCCAGAUCCCCAAAGAGCUGGAUUUCCUGAGAGUAAUGAAUUUCAGCAGAGGCCUCACGGUGUCUCCCUCUGUGAUCUAAACCCCACCAGCUGGUGGAUAAGUGUGACUUUGCCUGUGGCAUGAGCGAUGGUUUACAAGCGGCUCUGCUCAAGGUUGUGAGAGUUAAGUCCGUAUCUCCAUCCUGACGUGACUUUCAUCGGUCGCUUAGCGGGGAUUCAGUUGCACGUGUGCAUGAUUCUUUGAACAAACUGAAUAACUGGCGGUUUUAUUUGAAUCAGUUUAACCGCAUGUUUUUGAAGAGAUAAAAGCAUUGCCUCAGAACCUGGUAAAAGGAUUUCAAAGACGUAAUGCAGUUAUUGAUCUGUUAGCGGGGAGGGCACGUGGGAGACGCAGUAAGAUUUUCGAGUGGCCUCUGAAACGCAACACAUUUUCAUUCGGGCUUUCAGUGUUUGCUGUAGAUUUAUCUCACUGUACAUUUCAUUAAAUUAUAUUCUACUAAUAUAGAUUCAAAUGAGACGGAUAUAAAAUAUGCAAAAUAGCUAUAUUAAGAAUUCCAGGCAUUUGAAUACCAAUGCAAACUGAGCAAUAUAUCAUAACUUUGAGGUGAAUUUAUCAUCCUUCAUUGAGUUGCAGCAGAGUAUUACAUUUUUAUUCAUUUACACUGAUUAUCACGACAGGCACUUUGCUUAACAACUGAAGUUUCUUACAAAAUCCCCCCAAGGAGAGUGACAGAGCAUUUUUCAUUUUAAUAACUCUAGUGAAAUGUGUCCUGGGAAACAUUUUUUUUUUAUUAUUAUUAAUGUUGUUUAUCAAUAGUGCACUUUAAACAGACAUUUCACAGGUGUUUGUGUUGAUAUGGUGUUUGAUUAAAACAGAAUUUUGUAUCUAUCUAAUCUUCUACCUUAUCUACCGACAGUACAUGAGCUCUGUCUUUCACAGGACUGGAUUUGGAACUUUUAUGUUCAAGUUAAGCAUUCAGAUUUAGUCUAUACAGUAUUUUUGACAUUUACAUCAAAAGUCUUUUUUUUUUUUUUAUCUGCUCUCAUUUAUAUCUUAUAUUGAUAUUAUAUUGAUUCCAUUGUCUCAGCACUAUUUCAACUGCCAUGCAAUAACAAACUGUUGUUUUUUGAUUUGUAGGAAGAGAUGAGAGUCAACUUCUAUGUGCUCCCCUUUCUGGAACCUCUUGUUUUCUUGUUGCAUAUUUUCAGGAAACUCUUAGUUCCUGAGUAAUGCGGUCUGCCGGUUUGAGAGUAUUUCAUCCUGGCCAGAAUGUGAUUACAUCACUGGAUUAACACCUUGUCCAUAAACGCUCUAACAUCCUUUAAUCUGCAGUACGUUGGCACAGUCUGUCUCUGUGGUGCCAGGUAAUCUUCUCAUCAGCCAGCUGUUAGGACUGCCAAGAUAAAUAGUUUGGCUGUCUCCAGCUGUGGUGAGGUGGCCUGCAUGUGGUAAUCUAUAACCAGCCUUGUUAACCCGCUACAAAACCUACGUUUGCAGCAUGUAGAAUUUUGUUGAUUCUGCAUUUCUUCUGGUUUGCUAAGCACCAUUAUUUUGUUUUUAAUGUUAUGUUUUUUUCUUUCAAAUCAACUUGUGUGGAAUCAUGCUAACAUGCAAAAAAUGACCACUUCCCUAUCCCAGAGCACUAAAAUACUGCAAAGCUAGUUUAAGCACUAAAACAGAAAAAGGGCUGCAUCUUUGUGGGCAGAAAUGACUAGUCUGACGAGUCUGAUAGUGGUGUGAUAGUGGUGUGAUAUUGUAGAGUGAAUACACAAGACUGGUUUAAAGGUUUUUUUUGUUUGUUUUUUUUAUUCAACAAGGCUGCACUGAACUGAUCUAAAGUGACAGUAAAGACAUUUACAAUGUUAUAAAAGAUUUCCGUUUCAAAUAAUUUGUGUUUUUU